CCGGGGAUAAAAUACACAUUCGUAUGUUUAAGAGGAAAAGCCCCCUCGGGGCACGUCGGGAAGGACCCUUCACUGUGGUCGCUGCAACAGCCUCGGCUGUGAGAGUUGAAGAGAGAGAUCAUUGGUACCACCUGAACCAGUGCGUCUGGACCGGAGCAGGUACGGGACGGGGAGGACCAACAACCCCGGGCCCUGCCACUACAGGGCAGCCCAUGGAGGCGGAGGUGUUAACCGACAGCGACUCGGAUACCUCAUUUAUGGGUCCGGCCUACGGCACUCGAGCCCAGGCUAAACGACGGGCUGUUGACGGGCUGGAUAGACCGGCCCAGUCGGAUGCCGGUAGCUCAACAGGCUCUUCGUUCCUCUCCUCUCCAUACGAUGAUAUUGACCCUGUUACCUCCCCCCGAGCUGAAGCGGGAGACGUAGCUGCCGUCCCGCUGGUAACCCCACCAGAGGCAGAAUUGUUAUCAACACUCGCCACUCUCUGGCAAUCUGAUAACCUUGAUGACCCCAUGCCUAUGAGCACUAUUGAUUUGGGUAUACUGCAGGCCCUUGAGGUGCAGUUAAGAAUACCUCCCCUCGUCCCCGUGCCCCCUGAGCUCCGGUCUCCGCAGGGAUCUUUACACACUCCCCUACCAUUGGGUCGAGAGAACACUGGUUCAGUAGAGUAGCUGGGGUGGGGGCGCCUUAUACCACAGGGCUAAGAGUUCCUGUUCAGACCAGAGGGUGAUGUUCGGAAGAACACAACUUCAUUGUAUAAUUUACUGAUCAUGAUCUAGACUGCGUACAGUCCUAUAUAUAGAUUGUGACGGGUCAAUAGCUUGCGUGCCUUUAACGGUAAUUGGAAGUCGGUAUGGUUCCAUGUUUGUAAACUGAAUGAGAACUUUAUCUAAACCACCGAGCGCGCGAGAGAGGGAGAGAGCGCGUGCGAGAGAUUUCUGUUUUUACCCCUUUUUUCCAAUCCUUUAUCUUACGCUCUACAUUAAGAUCAAAGUGUAUAUAUAUACGUGGAUAUAUUCCUGUAAAAAUUAAAAUCAAUCAGCAUGUCUUGAUGUUAUCAGUCCGAAGAGAACUUUAGUAAUAGUUUAUGUGGUGUGCAUUGUGCCACUUAGUUUCUUCUGCACAGACAUCUUUAUCUUUGCCUGACUAAUGAUAAAAUUGAUCAGCUGACAUGUGAACCUGUUCGUUUUGAGUGAUAUUAAUAAAAAACCCUGAAAAGUAAAACCGACCCGAGGUAACAGUCUCAGGCUGAUCACAAUGUGGUCCGUAUCAGGCUAGGUCACAUCCUCCCUGUUGAGAUAGUGUUGAGCCUAAACAUUUGGUUUUAGAGAGCAGUCUACCUUCAUGAACUGACUCGCUAACAAGAGCUGGAGUAACCAUAAUUAAUUUGUAUCGGUGAUUCCUAUAUGGGUACGUGUCUAUACAAUAUCUUAAGCAGUGUAAGUGCGAAUUCUUCUGGCGUGUGGUAUUCGUGUUGUAUAAUGCUGAAUAAUUUCUGCAUGUUUUCUCUUUAAAUGCUGUGUAUAUGUCCAAUGAUAAGUAAUUAGUAAGAUCAGAUGGCAGUAGUAGUCUGCACAUUUUAAAUUCUUUAUAAUGUGUUGUACGCCUGUUACAGAUGUGAUAUCUGAAUCAGUAACAUUAGAACAAGGUGAUGAUUUGAUUACUUACUUUUGCCGACAUGUUGUGCUGAUAUGAGUUUGGGAGGUAGUUUAAUUACGGUCCCUUUACAAUAGUGUAGUUUGAAGUGUUUUUUCCUGAACCGUAGAUUGGUAAAUAGAAUAGAGUAGUUAUGCAAAUAUAUAUAUGUGUGGGUGUGUAUAUGUAUAUACAUAUGUGCUAUACGGUGUGCUAUGGAUAUGUCAUACAAAGUAUACGAGUUACAAUAUUUAAAUAAUACAAAGCAGUGGUCACAAACUCGAGAACCUGUGAAGUGAAUUGAAUUGAUAAUACGUUAUAUAGCAGCUGAGAACUGAUAAAAACUGAGAGCUGUGAACUGGAUGCAGGUGUGUGUGAUCUGGGAUUUGCAGUCCAUGGCAGCCAGCCAUGUUUGUGGACCGCAGUGAAGGAUGGGAAAUGUGGUUUGUGAUAUGAGUAGAUUUAACACUACCUUAAUAUGGUCAAAUACAGUUUAAAUGAAAUGGAUAAAAUUAUAGGGCGAAUUUUAUGCUUCUUACAAUUGUGCAUUCAGCCAAGAUGAUAAAUUUUAUUAGACUAAGUUAAAUACAUAUUCACAUUCCUCGAAAGUGAGCAACAUUUAAAUGUCAUGUAUGAAGGAUCUGAGUGAUAUUUUGAGUACAGUAUUUUGAUACAGUUAUAAAUUAAUAAGAAACAAAAUGCAUGUACAUGCAUGUAUACCAUUUAGACUACAGACUAGUGCUGUACACAUAGAACCAAAUUUACUAGGUUGGUUUGAAUGAAAAUUAGUGGGAUAAAAGUGGUUAGAGGACUGUAAAUGCAUAUCUAGAUCUCAACCUCAUUUACUCUAUUUUAGUUCUAUCUUAUUGGGAUUAUCACUCGUUAGCACAGAUGGAAUAUUAAUAUGUUCGGGUAGUGUGCACCACAAAUUUUCAGACUAAAGGAAUUUUGUUUUCCUUUCUCAAUAUCUUGCUGGUAAAUG